UUUUCUUCGAGGAGAGCGUCGACUGGCGCUGUCCAAAGGCAGCAGCACAAGAAAGACGAUCGGCACAGCUCGAGGCGAAGACGAAGGCAGCAGAGGCUCGCACGAAGCCCGACGGUGCAGGCACGAACGGGGAGGGGAGGGCAGGGCAUCCACUAACUCAUGCAUGGACGAUUGGCUCUCGGGAAACGAGUUUUGGUAGUUUGCAUUCCUGCCGGUGAUAUAAGAGCGACCUGAGUCGCGAAUCGAGAGCUUCAACAUGAUUGCCAAACGUCUGCUUCCUCGGGUGACACCUGCCCUGUCCUCCGUUUCAAGGGAGAUUUGCCCAUACCCUCUCUUGGGAUGCUCAGGAGAAAAUCCCAUCGGCGAGGUUCGGCAUUCCUCAAGUCUUGCGAAUCCAAUUAAGAAGGGUACUGGAGGUCGUUCAUCCGUCAGUGGGUAUGUGGCCACAGUUUUCGGAGCAACGGGUUUUCUUGGACGUUAUGUCGUCCAGCAACUGGCAAGAAUGGGAUCACAGGUUUUUGUGCCUUACAGAGGAUUGGAGGAUGAGUUCAAGCACUUGAAGCUUAUGGGAGAUUUGGGGCAGGUUGUGCCAGUACCUUACGACGCUCGAGAUGAAGAGUCGAUUAAGGCUGCCAUGGCCAGCUCUAAUGUUGUGAUCAAUCUUAUUGGUAGGGACUACGAGACCAGCAAUUUCAGCUUUGAAGAACUAAACGUUGCUAUUCCAGAGCGUCUGUCAAGGCUGGCACGAGAGCAUGGUGACAUCAGUAGAUAUAUUCAAGUUUCAUGCCUUGGUGCUUCCCCUCUUAAUCCAUCGAAGCAUUACCGGACCAAGGCGGAGGGAGACAAGUGGACUUUGGAAAACUUCCCAGAGGCCACUGUCUUGAAGCCGGCUGCUUUGGUUGGAACAGAGGACCGCCUUCUCAAUAAAUGGGCUAUGUUUGCCAAGAAGAUGCCUUCUGUACCCAUCAUCGGCAGUGGGAACAAUAAGUUGCAACCAGUUCAUGUUUUAGAUGUUGCAGCGGCUGUUGUAUCGUCUGUUAAAGACGAUGGGAGCAGCAUUGGGAAAACUUACGAGCUCGGCGGACCAGACGUAUUUACAGUCAAUGAACUCGUCGCCUUGGUGUACGAGUCUAUCAGGGAGGAGCCAAGAGUUACUCACAUCCCUUUCCCAGUUGCGAAGGUGAUGGCUGGUCCAAAUGAAUGGUUGAAAGGACUUUCUUUCCCGACACCUAAAAUGGUGACAUUUUCGCGCAACAACAUUGACUCGCUCGAAGUUGACUACCUUGUGUCACCAAACGCACUGACGUUCAAGGAUCUGGGCAUCGCGCCCCGCAAAUUAACGGGAGUGGCAAUCGAGCAUCUGUACCAAUACCGCACAGGUGGUCCGAGUAUGGGUACAACCGUGGGUACAAGGACAAGUGGGGCAGGUUUUUGAACAUCCGCUUAUGCAUCAAAUCAAGCUUAUUCCCCAUCCAACCAUGACCAUAUACGGAGCUGAUGACAAGGGAAGUUGUAAAUGCACCAUUAUGACUUCUGCAUCUGUCUGUGAUGAUGACAUCUAGAUAAGAUGUCUUUGAUAUCUUGUUAACACUUCUGAGAACUGAUCAGCAUCGGCAAUUUGAGAAUAGAUGGGGUAUUUUUGCCCGGAGGACAAAACCACAGUGUAGUGAGUGCAAUAUCGAAGAUGCGUCUUGUGAAGCAGCAGGAUCGGGUUGUGCAAGCAGUAGUGUCUAUACAUUACAUCCAAUCUCUUGGACGAGGUCAUCUAAGUCACGCUCUAGCAUUCAUAGUCUACUGAAUUGAGCACAUUCUCUUAUUUCAAGCUGUGGUAAUCUUCGCACAAGCUAAGAGUCCAACUUGGUUGAAAUAUGUUAACUUCUUGUCACUUGAGUUAUAUUUUUCUGGAGAGGUCUCCAGAUGCAAGUUAUUAUUUUUAUGCGUCGAGUUGCCGACUGCUACAGUAGCUGGAUGGUUUUCUUAGCCUGCCCAGAAAGUCUUCCAGCGAUGACGGAAAGUGGUUGGAUGGUCGAAUGUCGAUUAUCAAUAAAAAGUGUUGCCAAUGUCAUGAGAUAAAGAUGAUUCAGCAUAUGCACAAGAUGUUUAAGUACGUCUGAGCCCUCAGAGACUCUUGCAUCUAAGACAUGUUGUCUGUUCUAUUUCUGAAUAGAUGCGAAUGAGAAAUUAAUGUCCGGUGA